AUGAGCGAGCAAUCGGUGGAAGCCUUUGGUAACGUGGAGCAGACGCUGGCAGCAGUGGAGGAACAUCUAUCUCUUCUUAAGCAGACCUCCUUGGAAGAAUUUGUGGCCCCACUUAGUCCUCUGGAGCGUGCAAAAGUGCAGGUUUCGCUAGCGUACACUAUCAACGCAUUGUUGUUUGUAUUUUUAAAGACUCAGGGAGUUUCUCCGAAGGACAUCCGACAGACGCACGUGAAGCAGGAGUUGGAGCGUGUAAAGGCUUUUAUAAAGAAGAUCAAGGACGCAGAAGAGCUGGCAAAGGGUCCCAAAUUGGUUCUGGACAAGAGUGCUUCCAAACGUUUCAUUCACAGUGCGCUAAGCAGCGACCAAAUGUACGCUGACGCAGUAGAGACCGCGAAGGGAGAUCAGGAAAGCACGGAAGCACAAGUGCAGACGGGAGAAAAGGGAAAACGAACGACUACUAAGUCCAUGGACAAGAAGAACAAACGUCACCGGAAACGCUAA